AUGGCUAACUUUGGUUUAACCAUUUUGCUUGGAUCAUACACGACAUCUCAGUACGCAAUGACGUCCACAUUGUUAAAAGACUUGGUUUUCCGUCUCCUCGCCGUGUUAAUGUUGUACUUCAACUUAGAUCCCAAGGAUUACAUCUCUUCCCACGACCAUUUGGUGGCUCGAAGAUGUGUUGGGUGGGCCGGCAUCAUUUUCACCACUUUCUCUUGCAUUGAUGCUGCAGUAAGGCCCAAACACAAAGGAGUAAGGAUUUUUGAUGAAGUUUCCUUGGUGUGUUUGCACACAGCUCUGUAUGCUUUGUUCUACUCCAUGUUUAAGCAGAUAAAUUUGGAGGCUGUUAUUGAAGCACUCAAGAACGGUAAUGAUAACUAUCCAGCACGUGCAUUAAUCUUGAUGGCUAUUAAUUCAGAAGAUCCUGCUACCAUUGCAAUUAUAGACCUAGUCAAGAAGCGCUCGAUGACCACCACCACCACCACCGCUUCAACCACCGUAUGA